AUGGCCAUCGACCCGGUGGUAGCGCUUCUGCUGGGCCAAUCUGCCGACCACCGGGUACUCGCCUUCGCCGACGACCUGUGCCUGAUAGCCGACUCUCCGGGGGAGCUCCAGGCAUCCAUCGACGCAGCGCAUGACGGCCUGGAGAUGCUUGGGCUCCGGCUGAAUGCGGCAAAGUGUGCGUCGCUCCAUUUGUCGGGUCGGUGUCCGGUGGGUGUCCGGGACACGCAAUUUCUGCUGCGGGGUUCCCCCCUUCGUCCGCUUGCCGAGAGUGAAGCGGCCACCUUCCUCGGCGCCCAGGUCGGAUUCAACGUCGUCCCACCUCUGUCCACCCUAGCGGAGAUUAUUGCCAUCGGUCUGCGUAUUGCCAGGAGCAAACUCGCGCCCUGGCAGCGGAUCGAUGCGCUCAAAACCUUUUUUUACCCCUCGACCAUCCAUUUACAACGGUUGGGGACAUUCUCAAAGACGGAUUGGGCUAGGGUAGACAGGAUCCUGCGGCCUGAAAUCAAGGCGACUCUAUACUUGCCGCAUGAGGCGUCGGGGGAGUACCUGUACGGGUCCACCAAGCGAGGCUGCUGCGGGAUCCGACUCCUUGCCGAGGACUCCGACAUCGCUGCUGUGGAUAGUGGGUUCAAGCUGAUCACUUCCCCGGACGUGAGGGUAGCCGGUGAUGCUGCUGAGCACGUGCAGGAGGUCACCAGGCGGAGGAUCAGCAAGGACCCCUCCAUCCACGAGGUCGGCUCCUAUCUAUCAGGCGAGGAGGAAGGCGUGUUCCGGGAGGUCCGGGGCACGGGAGUCGCUGGUGUGUGGUCGAGGGCGCGGAACGCCUCCAAGCGGCUUGGUGUCAAGUGGUCGCUGGAUGGUGCCCCCUCCAUCACACACGAAGGCACGGUGCUGGGAGGUAAGCACAGGCGGGCGGUCAUGAGAACCGUACGCGACACUCUGCGGCUCAAACGAAGCGACGCCUUGAUCGCGAAACCGGAUCAAGGUAGAGCCGUAGAGUGCGUGGCCGCCCACGCUGCUUCCUCCCACUUCUUGAGGGAUGGCGACUUCACGAGGUUCGCCGACUGGCGCUUUGUGCAUCGCGCCAGGCUAAACCUCGUGCCGUUGUAUGGCUCCUCGUUGUGGCGAGCCUGUGACCGUAGGUGUAGACGAUGUGGGUACAUAAAUGAAAGCCUAUCUCACGUCGUCGACCGCUGCAUGCGGUACACCGCGCUCUACAUGGCGAGGCACAACGCCAUAGUAGCCAUAGUCGCCAGGAUCAAGAAGGCGGCAUCCACGAAGUUUGAGGUCCUCUCCGAGAAUUAG